CCUCAAAGGACCAGUCACUGCAAUGAUGCUAAUUCUAUAAAUAUUCGUCGCGUUAUCGUAACAUCCUCAAAAAUGGCAAUCACUGAUAAAAUCCACCCGAUCUACAGCCUCUGGUUCCUCUGGGUCGACCCCAUCCUGACUCUCAUCGGGAUGUACGUCAACUUUAUCGACCACGAUCUCGCCAUGCAGGCUUUUUUCACAAAUUACCCACCAACCGACCAUUUCCGCUGUUUCAUCUACCAGAUCGGCGGCAUGGGCACGUCAUACCUAAUCAUCCUCGUCGUGCUCCUGCGCUACACGCACGACAUCUUCAUCUGGAAGACAGUGCAGGCAGCCAUCUUACCAGCGGACUUUACCAUGCUCACAGCUAUAUUCAUCGGCAUGCGCAUCUCGGGGAAUUCGUCGCUUGCAGAUUGGCGCUGGGAGGAUUGGUUCAGUAUUGUGGUCACGGGUAUCUGUACAAUUCUCAGGAUCGCGUUUGUCAUGGGCGUUGGGGUCAAGGAUGCGAGGGGGAGAGCCAAGAGGGCUUAGUUCAGCCAAGAAAAGGGCACGGCACAGCCGGUAGGGCUGAGGGAGAUGAGAUUUUGGUGGCGGACGGGAUGAUGAGGAUGGCUAAACUCGUGUUCGUGGGUUGGGGUUAGCAAGCGGUAGUUUUGAGGCUCUGCUUGCGCCGCAGACUCACGAUGACCUCAAGAUGCCAGUUCCUGGAUCGGAAGAGUUUUCCAGUGUCGUGCAGGACCCCGCUAUUGACUGAUUUUUUUCUACGGAUAUCUGCUACCGUUUCGUUCUUCCGCCGAGGAACAGGAAUUCAGUGCUGUUUGUUUUUCCUGGUUUAAUUACAAGUGGAGACUCGUUGAUUCCCAAAGGGGUAUAAAUCCCAACUCUUCGCUGCCCAAGCAGGUAUUUCACGCGGA